GAGCAAUUCAAUGACAAUGACUUUCGAAUAGCGUAAAUGUACCUGUAUCAAAAACGUCAUUCUGAAUCUUCAUAUUUCACCAAAUCAAAAUUUCAGUGCAAACAAUGUUGUCCCUAGUACUAAGACCGCUGAAUCAUUACAUCUGCAAACAUCAAAGGCUUCUCAAAGAUCUGAUAAGGAAAUACAGCAAGAAACAUAAUCCGCCUAAACAUGCAGAGAAAACAGAAUUGCAAGUAUGUACCAUUUCGGAUUGUAUGGUGGAUCCUUGCAAACCAGAACCUUCAGUGGUGAUUAUUGGUGCUGGAAUGGCAGGGCUAUCAGCAGCUCAGCGACUUGUGAGAUGUGGUAUUAGUAAUUUUACUAUUCUAGAAGCUACAGACAGACCAGGAGGCAGGAUCCACUCCUGCUGGCUGGGUGACGUCAUCGCCGAGAUGGGAGCCCAGGGCAUCGACGGCGCAUGCGUGGGCAACCCCGUGUACAACUUGGCCGCCCAAGAAGGCCUCCUCAAGCCGCCCCUGAAGAGGCGCGACCCCUCGCGGGGCAUCUACUGCACCAGCGACGGGCGCGUCGUGGACAGCUCGGUGUCCAUGAUGGCGUAUCACGUGUACAAGCAGAUCGAGCAGGAGGCGGAGAGUCUGUUCCAUAUGGGGUGCGGAAGGGAACAUGGGUCCCUGCAGAAUUUCCUAGGAUUGAGAAUUCAACAAGAGCUACAAAAAUUCCCAGAAGAUCAACGAUACGACGUAUCCAGAAUAAUGUAUGGACUGACCCAUAACCUGAGGAACAUAAUAGGAGAUGACCUAACAAAUGUCAGCGCUGAUAAUUUCGGCAGUGGCAUGAGAAUUCCAGGUGGACGCGUUCAACUACCACUAGGUUAUGUCGGCAUAUUGUCUCCACUCCUGAGAGAACUACCAGAAUGCAGUCUCAAGUUUGGUAAACCAGUGGGUUUGAUCAGAUGGGGAGCCGUCCAAAGCAGGAACAAAGGCCCAAGGGCUGUGGUGCAGUGCUGCGAUGGGGAAGAACUGUCCGCAGAUUACGUCAUCAUCACGGUAUCCCUAGGUGUUCUCAAAGAACACGGGGAAAAAAUGUUUUGUCCCGCACUGCCUGCCAAUAAGAUUGAUGCCAUCAAAUCACUUGGAUACGGAUACGUAGACAAAGUAUACAUGGAUUACGAACGUCCCUUCUGGGUGUGGUCGGAUGGAACUAUCAGGCUAGCCUGGUCGAAAGACGAACUAGCACACAGAACUGAUUGGACUAAAGGCAUAAGUACCAUCGAAGAAGUGGAAGGGAGCAAGCACGUACUAUGCGCGUACAUUUCUGGACCAGAAGCAGUGGUGAUGGAGCACGCUUCAGAUGAAGAGGUAGCCGAAGGAAUAACCAAGGUAUUGAGGCAAUUCACCGGAGACGCCUCCCUACCCUACCCCUCGACGGUCUUCAGGUCCAAAUGGGGCUCCGACCCCUACUUCUGCGGCUCCUACAGCUACAUGAACCUCGCCUCCAACGUGGGCCACCAGUGCGACCUGAGCUGCCCCGUCCCUGGCACUUGCGACCCUGUGCCCCCCAUCCUGCUGUUCGCCGGCGAGGCUACUUGCGCGGGGCACUACUCCACGGUGCACGGGGCUAGGUUGAGUGGAAUCAGGGAGGCCGAGAGGGUGCUGCAGCUGACCAGGAAGUACGGUGGACCGCCGCCAAGGGAUUGCGCUUGAUAUAUACAUUUCGAUAAUUUAAGUCACUAUUAUUUUUGUCAUGUAUAGAACGCUCGUAUCUCAUACCUAUGCUAUAUUUACAAUAAAUGAAUUCUACUCA